UAAUGGGUUUUGCUGUUUGACAUCUGUUUCCCAGGAGACUCUGGGAAAUUCAGGGGCAGAGUCCCCAACAGCAGCUGAGGGCUGCGAGGCUAGGUACCUGCUUGUGGAGUUUUUGUCCCAGAGCAAGCUGUGUGCUCAGACUUGACCAUGUUUGGGCAUGGAGGCUCAACCCAGAUGGGACUGAAGACUGCUUCCCUGGAGACCAGCUGAGAGACUAAACUUCCUGCUAGAACUCCUGGGCCUGACUUGGGGUGGGGGCGGGGUGGGGAGAGUGGAGAGAAACCAUCUGCCAGCGGAGACCCAGGGAACUAAAUGACUGUUGCCUCAGCUGGCCAUGGGGAAGAAGCUGGUGAUGGCCCAGAAGCGCGGAGAGACACGAGCCCUCUGCUUGGGGUUGGCAAUGGUAGUGUGUGCCGCCAUCACCUACUACAUCCUGGGUACCACUGUGCUGCCUCUCUACUUGAAAAGUGUGUGGACCCAGGAAUCCACCUGUCACUUGAUUGAAACCAACAUCAAGGACCAAGAAGAGCUGGAGGGCAAGAAGGUGCCCCAGUACCCAUGCCUUUGGGUCAAUGUAUCAGCUGUGGGCAGAUGGGCCGUGUUGUAUCACACAGAAGACACUAGGGAUCAAAACCAACAGUGCUCCUAUAUCCCCAGGAACCUGGACAACUACCAGACAGCCUUGGUCGAUGUGAAGAAGGUCAGAGCCAACUUCCACAAGCACCAUGACUUCCAUUGCUUUUCUGCACCUCAAGUCAAUGAGACCAGUGUUGUGUACCAGCGUCUCUACGGGCCCCAAGUCCUCCUAUUCUCCUUCUUCUGGCCCACCUUCCUGCUCACUGGUGGCCUUCUUAUUAUUGCCAUGGUGAAGCUCAACAGGUCCCUAUCCAUCUUGGCAGCUCAGAAGUAGACUAAUCCCUUCUGAUCACAGCAUGAAGUCACCAGGAAUGGAGAAUCCUGGGCAGGAUGCUCAUCACUCUCUUCCUCUUGUCUCCUAUUUCAUUUGUUCAACAUCUUUGGAAAGUCAUUUCUUAUUCAAGGAUGUAUAAUAGCUUCCCGGUGACUUUGGAGGGUAAAGGAGCUGCCAGUCACACCUCCUGAUCCCUGACUUCUGUUGAUCCAUAUUUGUUACCUGCUAUGUCCCUGUCUACUCCCAGGAUGAUACAUAUUGUCACCUCUGUCCCUAUGUUCUCUCUCUUAACUCUUCAGACACCCACCUAUCGAAUCCAAGAUGUCGUUCUUGGCCAAAUUCAGCUUUGAAUUGUCAUAAAAAGAAUAGCUCUCACUUACAG